CGCGCAUUAAAAUUGUUCUGUGGGCGCAUUAUUGUGCUGAAUGGACUCGCCCAUGAACCCUCUUGACGCGUCGGUCACCAUGGUGGUGGCUUACAACAGCGAGCCCAGACGGCAGACCAUCCGUCGCGUUUAGACACUAAAACACUAUUUAUAAAUGCUGCCUUUGACCCUCCGCUGCUUUGCACAUAGCUUAAAAUGGACAAUCACCAAACGCAUGGAGUGCACGUUGUUUUAAGAUGGAAAACUGAAGAAGAUGGAAUAGCGAACAGGGGACAAACGGAAUGCUGAAAAAUGCACUCGUCUGCGUAAAGCAUAGACGUACCGCUUCCCUGCAAAAACCUUUCAUUAACACGAAAGUCGCCUGUCAACUCACAGCCGACGCUCCAGCGGCUGGAACAGGAAAAGCAGACUGUCUGGUCUUGCUUGAUUGGGACGAGGGACAGUAAGAAAUAUCCUGGCUUAGGCUGUGGCCUGGGGACAGGCUCUCUUCUGCAGCUGCUGCUAUAUAAAAACAUUAGUGUACCGUUUAUAAACCACUUGUGAGAUUCGCUCUGGAUUGUUUCACUUAAUUGUUGAGUGCGUUUUGAAAACCAUGGCGUCCUAUGUGGAUAACAGUUUUCGGCAGGCGGUGAUGGUGAAUCCUUCAGACAGGACGCAACAGGACCUGGAGAUUGUAUAUUCCUACUUGCAUGGAAUGGAGGCGCUGUCCAAUCUUCGGGAACACCAAUUGAGGAUAAUGUGUGAAACCGUACGCUACGAAAGACACGAAGCCAAUGAAGUGCUCUAUUAUCCCGAUGACAUUGGCACAUGCUGGUACAUUUUGCUCUCUGGAUCAGUCUUCAUCAAAGAGUCCAUGUUCUUGCCACGCUCCAGCUUUGGGAAGAGGUCUGCUGGGAGUUUACGUCGUGGAUGCGAGUGCAUCGUUCUGGAGCCAUCCGAGAUGAUUGUGGUGGACUAUAUGGAUGAGAAUGAGGAGUAUUUCCAGCGGCAGGCAUCGCACCGACAGUCCCGCCGAAGGUUUCGCAAGAUCAAUCAGAAGGGCGAGCGACAGACCAUCAUCGACACCGUAGACCCCUAUCCUACCGGCAAGCCGCCCGUAGCACGGGGAUACCAUACGGAAUGCGUUAAGGCUCAGCUGCCGGCAGACUUCAGCAGAUUACACCUGGCAGACGGGAUUCACCCGCAGGUGACACACGUUUCCUCCAGCCACUCAGGAUGUAGCAUCACCAGUGAUUCUGGGAGCAGCAGCCUGUCGGACAUUUACCAGAUGCUUUUAUCCAAAUCUUCUUACAGUGCAUUCAAGGCCACCGAGAGUGAGCCCGGCGACAUGGACCUCAGUGGCCUGCCCGAGACGGCCGUUGACUCCGAGGAGGAUGACGAUGAGGAAGAUAUUGAACGUGCCUCAGAUCCCCUCAUGAGUCGAGACAUCGUCCGAGACUGUCUGGAGAAAGACCCCAUGGACCGAACGGAUGAUGACAUAGAGCAACUGUUGGAGUUCAUGCACCAGCUUCCGGCCUUUGCCAACAUGACCAUGUCCGUCAGGAGGGAGCUUUGUGCUGUCAUGGUGUUUGCUGUGGUGGAACGGGCCGGCACAAUCGUCCUUAAUGAUGGCGAAGAGCUGGACUCAUGGUCUGUGAUUCUGAACGGCUCAGUGGAGGUGACGCACCCAGAUGGCCGGACGGAAAUCCUGUGCAUGGGCAACAGCUUUGGUGUGUCCCCCACCAUGGAGAAAGAGUACAUGAAGGGGGUGAUGAAGACCAAGGUGGAUGACUGCCAGUUUGUUUGCAUAGCACAGCAAGAUUACUGCUGUAUCCUUAACCAAGUAGAGAAAAAUAUGCAGAAAGUGGAAGAAGAGGGUGAGAUUGUGAUGGUGAAGGAACACCGUGAGCUUGACCGCACAGGCACCAGAAAAGGACACAUUGUCAUCAAGGGCACACCGGAGCGUCUUACCAUGCACCUUGUAGAAGAGCACUCAGUGGUUGACCCCACCUACAUCGAGGACUUCCUGCUUACCUACCGCACCUUCCUGCCAAGCCCCAUGGUGGUGGGCAAGAAACUGUUGGAGUGGUUCCAUGACCCCAGCCUCAGGGACAAGGUUACACGGGUAGUCUUGCUGUGGGUGAACAAUCACUUCAACGACUUUGAGGGCGACCCCGCAAUGACACAUUUUCUUGAGGAGUUCGAGUACAAUCUGGAGAGAGAGAAAAUGUGUGGGCACCUAAGACUGUUAAACAUAGCAUGUGCUGCCAAAGCUAAACUGCGGGUGGUGACCCUGACAAAACCCUCGAGGGAAGCCCCCCUGGCCUUCACCCUGCUGGGGGGUUCAGAGAAGGGCUUUCGCAUUUUCAUUGACAGCGUGGAGCCAGGCAGCAAAGCUGCAGAGGCCGGCCUUAAAAGAGGAGAUCAGAUACUAGAGGUAAAUGGGCAAAACUUUGAAAAUGUGCCGCUAUCCAAAGCCAACGAGAUUCUCAAAAACAACACGCACCUGUCCAUUACUGUGAAAACCAAUCUCUUAGUGUUUAAGGAGCUACUGGCCAGACCUGACCAGGACCAGGAGCAAGAACAGGAGGAGGAGCCAGACAGGAAAAACGGGGCACCUCACAUCCCUAAAAUCGGGGACAUUAAGAAAGCCAGUCGUUACUCCAUCCCUGACCUGGCUGUGGAUGUUGAGCAGGUCAUGGGUCUUGAGAAAGCUAGUAAGAAAGCCAAGGCCAACACCGUAGGUGGUAGAAACAAGCUGAAGAAGAUCUUCGACAAGACACUGACCAGUAUUCUUCCACCCAAACCUUACAAUGAUGUUGGGGUGGGGCAGUCCCAGGAUGACAGCAUUGUAGGGCUAAAGCAGUCAAAGCAGAUCCCUCCUGCUCUUCCUGUCAGUGGAAACCUUUCAUCAAGCAACCCUGACCUGCUGCAGUCACAUCAUCGCAUACUCGACUUCAACAACCAACCUGAAGCAGUACCUAUAAACAUGUCAGACCAGGUAUUGCGAGUGUUCAAGGCAGACCAGCAAAGUCGGUACAUCAUGAUUGGGAAGGACACCACAGCAAAAGAAGUCGUAGCUCAGGCCAUCCGAGAGUUUGCCUUGACUGCUGCCGCUGAAGCCUAUUCAUUGUGCGAGGUGUCAGUCACUCCUGAGGGCGUUAUCAAACAGCGGCGACUUCCUGAACAACUCUCCAAACUAGCCGACAGGAUCCAGCUGAGUGGCAGGUACUACCUGAAAAGCAACAUGGAGACAGAGACACUGUGCUCUGAUGAAGAUGCCCAGGAACUACUAAGGGAGAGCCAGAUCAGCCUGCUGCAACUCAGCACGGUGGAAGUGGCGACCCAGCUUUCAAUGCGCGCCUUCGAGUUGUUCUGUGCCAUCGAGCCCACCGAGUAUAUCGAUGACCUGUUUAAGCUGAAAACUCGCCUAACUGGGCCCCCCAGUCUCAAGCUCUUUGAGGAAGCCAUCAAUCGGGAGACCUUCUGGGUGGCCACGGAAGUGGUGCGUGAGCCCAACCAGCUCAAACGCAUGAAGAUCAUCAAGCACUUCAUUAAAAUUGCACUGCAUUGCCGCGAGUGCAAGAACUUCAACUCCAUGUUUGCCAUUAUCAGUGGUCUAAAUUUGGCACCGGUGUCCAGGCUGAGAGGCACAUGGGAGAAGUUGCCCAGUAAAUAUGAGAAGCUGUUUAGUGAUCUUCAAGACCUAUUUGAUCCCUCCAGGAAUAUGGCAAAGUACCGGAACCUUCUUAACAGCCAGAACCUGCAGCCACCCAUAAUACCACUCUUCCCUGUAAUCAAGAAGGAUCUCACCUUCCUGCAUGAAGGGAAUGACUCAAAGGUUGACGGUUUGGUGAACUUUGAGAAGCUGCGGAUGAUUGCUAAAGAAAUCAGACACGUAGGCCGGAUGGCAGCUGUAAACAUGGACCCUGCUCUGAUGUUCAGAACCAGGAAGAAGAAAUGGAGGAGUUUAGGGUCACUCAGCCAGGGCAGUGCCAAUGCGGCCGUCCUGGAUGUAACCCAGACAGGCGGGCACAAGAAACGGGUCAGACGGAGUUCCUUUCUCAAUGCCAAGAAGCUGUACGAGGAUGCACAGAUGGCACGCAAGGUCAAACAAUACCUGUCCAACCUCACCCUGGAGACAAACGAGGAGAGCCUGCAGACACUCUCAAUGCAGUGUGAGCCCUCAAUCAACACAUUGCCGAAGAGUUCCGGAGACCGAAAGAGACCUGACACAUCGCCCGUGGUCGCACGGGCCGCCACACACCAGCGCCAGCAGCUUCAGAAAGCCAACCAGGCGCUUCAAGUGCCUGCCGUAGCCCUCUACCCAUCUCGCAAGAAAGUGCCGGUCAAAGACCUACCACCAUUUGGCACAAGCUCACCACAGUCUCUGAAGAAGAUAUUGUCCCUUUCAGAGGAGGCAGGAGAGAGACACAGGAAACAGACAGAGGAUAGUGUGUCCAACAACUCCUCACAGUUGUCAUCUCCUCCGACGUCUCCUCACAGCUCACCUAAGAAAGCCAUCGCAGCUAUAAGAAGCCAUGGUAUGAAGGGUUUUUCCUCCUUCUGUAGAAAAUCACCAACAGGUUAUGGACGAGCUGGUGAUUACCUGUCAGACUCUGGCCACAGUGAGAUCUCCUCACGCUCCAGUCUGGUGAGCACCUCCUCCCUGGACAUGGGGCAAGAGGAACGCAGGCAGCGGUAUGGAGGAAUAGCUGCGGAGGGCCAUGGCAGUGGUCACCGGCUAGAGCGCAGGGCGACUGCUGACCCUGACCAGUACAGCUUGGGGUCCUACUCAUCCAUGCAGGAUUGCCGGGGUCUGUAUGCGGGCGGCACCGUGCUGUCUUCUCCCAGCUCAGAGGAGCUUACCCAGGACCAGGGUGACCGGGUGUCUCUUGACGCUGCUGAUUCUGGUCGUGGCAGCUGGACUUCGUGUUCCAGUGGCUCCCAUGACAACAUUCAGACCAUGCAACAGGGGCGUAGCUGGGAGGCAUUGGCAGAGGGCGCGGGGCUGUGGGGAAGUAGAGGGAGCUGGGCGUCCGCAUCCUCUACGUCCUCGGCGGCAUGUUGGGGCGAGGACUCUGAGGGCGACACAGGUACCAUCAAACGAAGAGGAGGGAGAGAUGUGACCACAGACCCAGAGACCAGCAGCAUCACCUCCACCGGUUCAGAAGAGUCCAGACAGCACAGUCGACGCCCCUCACCCAUCACUGCAGGCAACACCAAGGCCGUGAUUGCACGGAAGGACGGCCGUUACCGGGACCCUCCGCCCACGCCACCAGGCUACACGGCACUGACCAUCACGGAUGUAACUGAGGGCACGGCUCACUCAGGCAGGAGACCCCCGGACUACACCACCGCCUUGCAGCGCUCCCGCCUUGUCACACAUUCCCCCGACUCCCAGCAGCCCCCGGCUGCGGGAAAACCCACCCACUCGCCGGACCCCCGGGGCCGAGAAGAGGAGGAGGCAGAGGAGGUGGAAGAGGAGGGUGAGUGCUUGUCUCCCAAACUCAGAGCUCAGAGGAGGAGAGGUCCACACACAGCAGUUCCCCCCAGGCCAUGAGUUACAUACACCACCCCAGCAGGAAGAGGAUGAACAGGUGUCUGCUGUUUGAAUGGGGAUGACACUGGCUUUUAUACGGUUGCUGCAUUGACUGAUGGCCCAUAUCAGGCCUCCACAGGUCGGUCAGACAGACAGCCAGACCAUCCAGUCUACAUCUUGCCGGCACUGCCUCUCUCCCUCCUCAAUGAUGGAUUCAUCUCCCUGCCCUGCCUUAAUGCAUCAUGGGGGUUUGAUGCCCUGCAUGCUAAAAAUACUGUGAAGAAAGGAGGCGAGCAAAAAAUAACUUAUUUGGCACUUUGGAGAAUGGAAAUAUGAACUGAACUGAAACUCAAACACAGCGCUUUGACAUUCACACACAAGAAACAAACUACUGUUAACGGUUGUCUUCAGACAAUUUCCUCUCUUUCCUUCUGCUUAAAGGUCACUCUAACGUGUUUAGUAGUUCCCCUCAGCACUUUUUAAACUGUUUUUAAGGUGUAAACUGAUGCACACAAUCAACGUUUCAUUCUCCUAAUUCUGGAAAUGCAGUUUGGAUGGCGAAGAAGGCUUGACUACAACUUAUCACCCCACCUGUUCACAUCAGUCCAGACGACAACACUCGACAUAUCUGUAUGGUAUAGCGUUACAGUAUUAUAUAUUUGCAGGAGCACGGCUUGAAGGACACCUCUUCUACUAGAGAACGACAUCACGAUGGAGUUCGCAUUGACUCUUGGAAAACGUAGCACACCGAUUUGACAAGGAAGGCGCUUUGUGAGAGGAAACGAUGCUAAGUAAAGCCUUAGUUGGUUGUUUUUAUUGGUUCUUGGCCUUAAUGUGUUUGAAAGCCCUAAGAAAGUAUGAAUGGUUUGGUCAAAGCUCAUAACAAACAUGAUACAGAAAUAACGGGCCGAACAAAUCUACAUCUGUGAGUAAUCCAGCCGCCAAAGUCCAUUAAAAGUGAACCAGUUCAGUUGCAGUAAGCUUUUAGUGAUGGAGAGGAACUGUACACAUUCAUCUUCGAUAGUGUUUUACCAGUUCAGCACCUCCUGAAAGCGAUUUAAAGCAGUCUUCAAUAUGUGUCACAACAUCAAGCGCCCCCUGUUGGUGUAGGUGAGAACUGAAGGCUACUCAGGCAAAUAGGGUCGUCCUAUUCGGGUGCUACUUCCUUCCUCUCAUUAAGUGAUGCCAUUAAGGAGGUGUGUGGAAAACGGUGGUUUCUGUGUUAAGUUUUUCUUUAUGAGGACUCAAGUCGUGCAUGUUUCUCCUGGAGUGGGCUUUGAUCUAAAUACCACUGCUGCACAACAGCUUCCACAAUCGCUCACAGGAACUCAACUGAAACUUGCUUUUGAGACCCCAGUGGGCCGGGAACACGCAAAUCCACCUGACGUCUGCCAGUUAGAGCAGAACUGAACCGGUGGGAGCACGUCACUUUUAUUCUUUCAUUUUAAUCACUGAGUUAAGCUGAUCACAUUGAUCAGUAGUUAGAAACAAUAGACUUGAGAAGAAAAAAAAAAGAAGUUUGCAGUGUUUUCCACUGUACCCUGUAACAUCACUACUUCAGUGUUUCUUUCUCUAGUUGCCUGUUUGUUUGUUUGUUUGUUUGUUUGUUUUUGUUUGUUUGUUUGUAGGUUUUUGUUUGUUUGUUUGUUUGUUUGGCUCCCACACGUUUUUUUUUUUUUUUUUUUGUAAUGGUUGCGGAUACAGUUGUUAAUAACAACACAUUUGUAACAGUAAAUAUAUCGACCAUCUGCUUCCACUUAAUUUUUUUUAGUAAAUAUUCACGUUUUGGCAAGCCAAAAUGAGUCGCUUGUUUUGCAAAAUAAGUUGCACAAAUUGUACAAGCAUAAAUACAACAAGGUAAAUAGUAGUAGGUAGCUGUUCUGCUACUCUGUUCGAUAUGUGAUGUCAAGUGAGACGUGUACAUUUAGCUGGUGAAGAUUCUCUUUUUUUGACUACUUUUACCUGUACGUCUUUUACAAAGACAAUUGGUGGAGUAUGUAUUUGUUCUUAUUUUUUGUCUUUCUUUUUGUUUUGUAUUUUUAAUACAAUAAUUGUAAAUAUUGGUUAUAUUUUUGUUGAAUUGUAGAAAUGUAUGAUGUUUAUGCCUCAACAUCCAGUUUAUAUGAAGCUGGGAAUCAAUAAAUUCGACAAAAAUGAAUCAACUUAGUUUUUAAAUGCUUAUUAUUAUUAUUAUUAUUAUUAUUAUUAUUAUUAUUAUUAUUAUUAUUAAUGCUCUUCUUUUGUUCUGUUGAUCCUGCAUUGUUUUCAAACAUUGUUUUAAAUGACCUCUGGCACCAUCUAGUGUUUGCACAAGAGAAAACAUGGAAGUAACUUGAAAUGUGUAUCUCAUACUUUUCUAACUGACAAAUGUAUGUUGGGGUUAAUAAAAGACAUCCAUAUCUA